AACGAAUGUACGCGAUUAGCUUCUAUUUCAAGGAACGAACGUGUUCCUUUCAAAUGUUAAUUUACAAAUGUCCCAUUCUUCUUUGAUUAAUUGUCUAUUAAUUUUGUCGCACGUAAAUGAUCGACAGAUUUUCUUCGAGAUUGUUUUUUUAUUAUUGCUAUUUUCUCUCUUUAAACUUUCAUAUCUAGAUGGCACUGUAAGACAGUCUUUGGGUAGCAUCCUAACAGUGCACUCGAUAAUUACGUACUCGUACAGUAAAAUACAUCAUAGAGUCAGUCCUGGUUGUUCGUUAGGGCGAACGACGGCACCGAGGAAUGAAUCAAAACCAAUUGGGAAAAGUAGAAAUGGUGGAAGUGCUGUUGGAAGCGGGCGGACAGGAAGUGGCAGUCGCCGAAAGCGGUUCAAGAGCUGGUACCCCGACGGAGUAUGGGCCAACCGAUAUGCAAUCGCCCGUCGAAAACGUCGAGAAGCUUACGGCCAUACAGGAGUUUUACGAUGGCCAAUGUAUAUUCGUUACCGGCGGCACGGGCUUUCUCGGAAAAUUAUUAAUCGAGAAAUUGUUGAGGGGAUGUCCUGGUAUUUGUUGCAUUUACGUUCUGAUUCGUUCGAAAAAAGGAAAGGACGUGCUUCAACGCACGGAAGAACUGAUUGAAGAUCCGUUAUUUUCGACGCUGAGAGAGGAGCAACCAAAAUUCCAACAUCGCAUAGUAGCGAUCGAGGGCGAUUGUAUUUUGCCGGAUCUCGGUAUCUCGAUGACCGAUAGAGCUACAAUUAUACGCGAGGUCUCCAUUGUCUUUCAUGUCGCCGCGACCGUCAAAUUCAACGAGAAAAUUAAAUCGGCGACGGCUAUUAACGUUCGAAGCCUGAAGGACUUGUUAAACCUGUCGAAAGAAAUGCCGAAACUGAAGAGUUUCGUUCACGUAUCCACUGCUUUUGCAAAUUGCCUACAAAAUCCGAUCGAGGAGAGGUAUUACGAUCCACCGAUAGAUUCGGACAAGUUGAUCGAUCUGAUGGAUUGUUUGGACGAGAAAUUGCUCGACGAUAUUACACCGCAAUUACUUGGAAUAUGGCCAAAUACAUACGUUUAUACGAAAUCGGUCGCCGAGAACGUAGUAAAAAAGCAAGCCGGCUCGAUACCGAUUGGAAUAUUUCGUCCAGGAGUUGUGAUAUCCACCUAUCGGGAGCCCAUUCCAGGAUGGAUCGAUAAUAUGUACGGACCGAUAGGAAUCGUAGCGGGUGCUGGCAUGGGACUGAUACGAUCUCAUCAUUGCGAUGGAUCGCUAAAAGUUAACUUGGUACCCGGAGAUUUGACGAUCAAUGCGCUAAUCGCUAGUGCCUGGGACAUUGCCAAUAAUAAAAGAUCCAACGAAGAUACUCCUAUUUAUAAUUACAUAUCUAAGGAUAAUCCAAUUACCUACGACGAACUAAAAGACAUGUCUGCCAAGUACGGACUAUUAAUACCGACUAAAGAAUCAAUUUGGUAUUAUAGCUUUAGGAAUACGAAAUAUCGGCCGAUCCAUCUCUUCUACGUCUACUUUUUGCAUCUACUACCGGCUCUUAUAAUCGAUACGGUCGCGUUGUGUAUGGGCAAGCAACCAAGAUUACUCAAAAUAUAUAACAAAAUUCACAAAUUUAUGGAUGUACUCAGUCACUUUUCUAUAACCGAAUGGAAAUUUACGAACAAAAGAUUGAACGAAUUGACUAAAAAAUUAACGGCCGAAGAUCGUAAGUUGUUCCUUUGCGAUAUGAAAGAACUCGUUUGGGAUACUUAUUUUCAAAGCUACAUCCGAGGAAUAAGAAUAUAUAUUUUAAAGGAUCCCAUUGAAACAAUUCCACAAGCUCGUAUAAAAUGGCAAAGGCUUUACUGGAUGCAUCAGACGUUGAAACUUGUUAUCGCUUCUGUCUUUCUUAUUAUCACAUGGGCGUUACUUUCCAAAGCACUCGUAACAUUCGGAUACAAUGUUCAAUAUACUGGAACAAAUGUUUUCAGGCCUAUCGAAGAGUUAAUUGUUUUUAUAAUUUUUGCCUUCAAAAAAAGGUCGAGGAAAAAGCGUCUAAAGCUUGAAAUACUACUCUGUAGCUCGAUACAAAGUGGUCUUGAAGUGGACAAAAAUGUCGUCGAUACUCAAUUGGAAAUGAACAGUGUAUUCGAAUGUCCGAAGAGACAAAUUCAGGAUCGCGGGGGUAUUGAUAAAAUUGAUAUUGAAGAAAAGGAUGUGUUAGAAAUAGAAUGUUGCUUGAGCGAAUUAAAAAAUCACAUAUCGACGUUCAGUAUUCUUCGAAACUUGGUACCGUACUCGUAUCCGCCUCUGCUGCCUUUCCUCGAUAUCAUUGGACUUGAAUCAGGACAAGGAAUCGUAUCAAAAGAAAAAGAAAGAAAAGAAAAAAUGGAACUGUCCGAUUUGGGAGAGACAAAUAACAAUGAUAUCUCGGAGUUCGAUGAAAAGGAAACUCGGCGCGGGACACCGAUACAAGAAUUUUACGCUGGACAAAGGAUUUUAAUAACGGGUGGUACAGGCUUUUUAGGGAAAAUCUUGAUAGAGAAACUUUUGCAAAGUUGCCCUAACGUUGCUCGUCUUUACCUGCUGAUGCGACCAAAAAAGGGAAAAAAUUCGCAAGCUCGGAUAGAAGAACUGUUCCAGGAUCGUGUUUUUGAUCGAAUAAAGAGAGAGGUACCAAAGUAUCGCGACAAGAUCGUCGUCAUAUGCGGAGAUUGUAGCGUCGAGGAAUUAGGAAUUUCGGCCGAAGAUCGUAGGACGCUCAUAAACGAGGUGUCGAUAGUCUUUCACGUGGCAGCAACGGUCCGAUUCAACGAGAAACUGAAGCUCGCAACUAUCAUAAACGUUUGCAGUACUAAUGAUCUAUUGGAAUUGUGCAAAUCUAUGCCGAACCUGAAGGCAUUGGUUCACGUAUCGACGGCCUACGCGAAUUGCUUUGAAAAACGAAUCGAAGAACGCUUUUACAAUUAUUCCAUUAAUCACGAGGAACUCAUUAGAUUAACGAACGAAUUGUCGGAAGAAGAACUCGGGAAUAAGUUUCAGUGCAUUAAGAAAACAUGGCCGAACACGUACACAUUCACAAAAGCUAUGGCGGAAAACCUUAUAAGAGAGAAACGUGGGAAUCUACCGAUAGGAAUAAUUCGACCUGCUAUAGUCAUAUCGACGGCUAACGAACCUACAGAAGGAUGGCUUGACAACAUUUAUGGACCAAACGGAAUUGCCGUUGCCGUUACAACCGGUAUUUUAAGGGUGAUGCAAUGCGAUGCCAAUAGUAUCGCCGAUAUAAUACCCGUCGAUAUCACCAUAAAUACCUUGAUCGUAUCCGCAUGGGACAUUUAUAUGCAAACAAAUAGAAAAGGAAAUGACGUGCUCAUAUAUAACGUCGUAGCAUCGGUGGAUGCACCUCUAACAUGGUACCAGUAUAAUAAAUGGACUUACCCUUACAUUGCUCACUAUCCACCGAGCUCUAUGUAUUGGUAUCCAACCAUUAUAACCACCAAAUAUAAGUCGCUCUACAAAUUCUUGUCUAUAUUCCUUCACUUAAUACCAGCGAUUCUCAUAGAUACAGCGUUAAUCUGCGUCGGCCAGAAGCCAAGGAUGCGAAAAAUAAUAGGAAAAAUUACCAACUUUUGCGAUAUCAUAUCGUUCUUCAGCACCAGAAAUUGGAUAUUUAUCAACGACAACGUACAAAACAUGUGGCAUAGAUUAAAUUCGAAGGAUCAACAACUUUUUAGAUUUAACAUGACCAAUUUUGAUUGGAAGAUUUAUUUUCGAAAUUAUAUUAAAGGAAUACGCCUUUAUAUAUUCAAGGAAGAUCCAGAUAAUUUAGAGGACAGUAAAUUGAGGUGGAAAAGAUUGUACUGGAUGCAUCAAGCUUUGAAAACAUUCAUCAUAUUAGGGAGCACUUGGACGAUUUGGAAAAUAUUUGAUAAAAUAUUUUCUUAACUCGAGCACGCAGAUGCACCGAUUGUGUGCGUCUUUUCACAUGGUCAAGAAUAAUGCGCGCGAUUUAGGAUUUAUAAUUUCUCAUAUAAAUAUUUCUUUUAAAGAAUGCCAAAGCAAAGAUACACAAAUAAAAAAUAUAUAUAUCAUAA